GACGUCACUUGGCUCAGCCAAUCAGCGCUCGGAUGUUGUCUCGGUACAAAAUUCAAACGCAGUCGACAAACGGACGGGCAGACAACACACCAGUUAGUUAGUUAGUUUAAGCCUCUUUUACGUCAAAUAACAAGUUUUUAAAUAGGUUUUAGCGGACUGCGGUGGCAACAUGAGAGUGAGUGAAGUCCACGCAGCCGAGUCUGUUGCCUACCUCAACAGAGCACAGGUCAGGUUGCAGGUUAUCUGGGAAGAAAUUGGGAUUCCCGAAGAGCAGCGCAUACAGAGGACCAAUGAUGUCCACAAGCACAUUAAAGGUUUGCUGGACCUUAUGAUUGCUGAAGAAGAGGAGCUCAAGGAGAGGUUGCUGAAACGGAUAAAGGACUAUCUUAAGGAACUUAAUACUUUGUGCAUGGAGCUUCAGAUGCCCCCCUUUGAGGAGGAGGACGGCUGCACCAUGUUGCAGAUGGAGAAGAACAGUCGCACGCGGCUGGAGGUGUUGAAGGAGCGCAAGAAGCAAAGACUGGAAGAGCUUAAGAGCCUGAUUUGCAAAGACCGUGAGCUGUGUAAUAUUAUGUGCACUACCCAAUUUUGCAUUGACCCGGACUGUGUCCCGUCAGUGCAGCAACUAGAGACAUACCGUGCCUACCUGGAUGACUUGACCAAAGAGAAGGAGCGUCGUCACGAUGACUUUGUGAGCAUCAAAAAGGAAAUCAUCGUAUGCAUGAAUGAUCUCGAGCAGCACCCCGAGACCAGUUUCGAGGUGGAUGUGAUGUGUGAGGACGAGGAGGCGUUUUGUCUGUCAAAUGACAACAUUGAUGCACUUAAACUACUCCUCAGUCAGUUACAAGAACGCAAGACUGAGAAUGAGCUCCGUUGUUCAGCUCUUCGCACUAAGAUCCAGGAGCUGUGGGAAAGACUUCAGAUUCCCCAAGAGGAGAAGGAAGCUCUCUCUGAGCAUAUGACUAUGUCAAAGAAGAGAAACAUUGAGGCACUCCGGGCUGAGGUCGAGCGUUUGGAGGUGCUGAAAAUGCAAAGCAUGAAAAGUGUCAUCGAGGUUAUCAGAGCUGAGAUUGCCCUUUUCUGGGAGAGAUGCUUCUACAGCCAAGAGCAGCAGCAGUCUUUCUUUCCAUAUCAUGCUGAUGAUUUCACUGAAGAGCUUCUCAACCUACACGAGGCUGAGGUCAAGACCCUGAAGAAGUAUUACGAGGACCACAAAGAACUCUUCGAGGGAGUAACAAAAUGGCAAGGGAACUGGACCUUGUACUUAGAACUUGACAAAAAGGCUAACGACCCAGCAAGGUUCAACAACAGAGGUGGAAACCUUCUGAAAGAAGAGAAGCAGAGAACUGAUCUGCAGAAAAGUUUGCCCAAGCUGGAAAAGACUCUAAAGGCCCAAAUUGAUGUUUGGGAGCAAGAGCACGGCAAAGAAUUCCUGGUGAAUGGACAGAAAUUUCUUGAUUAUGUGCAGCAGCAAUGGGAACACCACCACAUUGAAAAGGAGAAAGAAAAAACGGAAAGGCAAAUGAAGAAAACUAAACAGACACAGGAGGACAUGUUAUAUGGAACUUCAAUGAGGACACCAUCCAAACGGCGGGUAGCAGGGACUCCGACACCUGGAAAAGUCAGAAAGCUCAAUGGUACAGUCUCCACUCCAACCAGCUUCCUCAGUGGAACCAUGUGCCAGUCUUCCAUCCAGAAACCACCUUUGUCUGCCAGCAAGGGUCUUGGCCUGCGAACCCCUGGACAUGGAAGGACUCCCCGUGCACUAGACCGAAACAAGGAAAAUAUCUCCCAUCUUAAUAGAAACACUCCAAGUGGCACACUAAGGUCUCAGGAUACUCAAGAUCACACCUUCUCUUUUGCUGGCUCCUAUAUGGACUUUGCGAGAGACCUCUCGAAGGCUUCUAAAUCGAAUGUGAAGUCAGGACUGCUGAACUCCACCGUCAGUAACCCGUGAUGAGUGAAAGCAGCUGCUCCAUCGCCGGGAAGUCGUCCAGCUCAGCAGUAGCUUGGUGUAGUUUUCGUAUAGUGGACAACAGGGAACUUUUAAUGGAAACUUACAAAAAAAUGUAAAUAUUUUAUUCUGUCUCUCCAUCUGUCCUGUUUUCCUACGAUUUUUAUUUCAGGUUUGUGUAUUUUGUGGCAAGUUGAUGACAUUUGUACAAAGGCUGCUGUGGCUUUUUAUUUGUUGUUUUUCUUUUCAGAGUACAGCCUUUUUUAAGGGAAUCAUUAUAACCGGAUCUACAGUGGAGCACUACAUUGUUUUAGUACUGUAGCCAAUGCACCAUCAUUAUCUUCCUCCAGCUGGAAUGACAGCUAAAGUUGCUUGAAUGCUUUUUUAAAAUCAAGCUGUAAAUAAACUUUUAAAACAUUCAUUCC